UAAUUAAAAAUAUUAACCCGUGUGUCAUGUUACUACGAAGCUAUAUAUUGAUCCGCUUGUGCUAUAAAAAUGAAUUUUAUUUGAGACUUGAAAGCAUUGAAAAUGUCCAACGAUAUCCUCCCAAAAGCGAGUUACUGGGGCAUACCCGACUCCCUGACCCAGUUGGAUGGUUUCUGGCUGAUCAGCACAGCAGUCGACCCGGCCACGACCUUCCGCUCCAACUUCAACGCCCGCGACGACGACGUCAUUCUGGCGUCGAUGCUCAAGACCGGCACCACGUGGCUCAAGGCGCUCGCCCAUUCCAUCCUCAAAAAAGGCGAAAGCGGCGAUCCCCUAACCAAAGACAACCCUCAUAACCUCGUCCCCACCCUCGAGUUCGAGGCCUUGUCGUCCGCCAACACCAAGUUCGACAUCUACGAUGCCUCGGGGCCUCGCCUCCUCCACACCCACCUCCCAUACUCCAUCCUCCCGGGCUCCGUCAAGAACUCCGCCUGCAAGAUCGUCUACAUCGCGAGAAACCCCAAGGACACCCUCAUCUCCAUGUGGCACUUCUAUAAUGCCAUAGUGGUUAUGGGCGGUCAAGAGCCGGUGUCGCUUGACGAGGCUGUGGAUGGCUUCUGCUCCGGCGUGCAUCCCUUCGGCCCCUUCUCAGAUCACGCGGCAGAGUACUGGCUGGAGAGCAGGAGAUGGCCGGAGAAGGUGUUGUUCCUCAAGUAUGAGGAGAUGAAAUCGGACCCAAAGAGGGAGGUUUCAAGGAUUGCUGAGUUUAUGGGGAGGCCGUUGACGAAGGAAGGAGAGGCGGAGGAGCUUUUGUGGAGGUGCAGUUUGGAGAGGCUUAAGAAUUUGGAGGUGAAUUCGACUGGACAUGAUGUGGGGCCCAUGCCCAAUGCUGCAUUUUUUAGGAAGGGUCAAGUUGGAGAUUACAAGAAUUAUUUGACGUCUCAAAUGGAAGAACGGAUUCAUCAAACCGUCGGCCUAAAGCUUGAGGCGUUAGGCAUCUUUUUCUAGAGAAUCAAACACCUUUUUCAUUCAACUCAUAAUCAAUUGGGAAUUCCGAGUCAUUCAAAUUUCAAUGUGUGUGAUUUGUACUAAUAUAUUGUACUUCUAUAAUGACUUUGUUGGAUUAGUAUUAGAGAAAUUCUCUGUGUGAGUUUUGAACAUUUCUAUUUAUAAA